GUCUAUGGCGACGCGCGGACGCCGCGACGCGCUCAAGAGGCGGGCGGCGGCGCACGCCUCUUCCCGUUUCCUGCGCGGGAGGCCCGAGAGCAGCCGCCGGAGGAGCAGCAGCAGCAGCAGCAGCAGCGGGAAGACCCGAAGGCGCCCAUGGCCAGCUACAAGGCCGCCGACUCCAAGCGGGAGCAGUUCCGGCGCUACCUGGAGAAGUCCGGCGUGAUGGACACCCUGACCAAAGUGCUGGUGGCGCUCUACGAGGAGCCCGAGAAGCCCAGCUGCGCCCUCGACUUCCUGAAGCACCACCUGGGAGCCGCGGCGCCCGAGAACCCCGAGGUGGAAGCCCUCCGGCUGGAGGUGGCCGAGAUGAAGGAGAAGUACGAAGCCCUCCUGGAAGAAAACCGGAAGCUGAAAGCCAAGCUGGCCCAGUACGAACCGCCGCAGGAAGAGAAGCGGGGAGAAUGAGCCUUGUACCUGCUUCAAUAAAAGAUCUGGAAAGUC